AUCCAGUGUAGAAAGAAGGAAUGGUGGAGCCGCUGGUAGACCGCGGGAAUUGAUUUCAUUUAACAGUGAUUUACAAGACUAUCGUAUAAACAUUGAUAAUGUGAAAAGGAAAUAUAUACUUUACACCUCAGAACAUUUUUUUUAAAAAGAAAAAAGAAGAGAAGAAGAGGAUUGGAAUCGUUAUACUAUGAAUCAGGAACUUGUAAAACAACUAUUUGAGCACGUAAAGUUGAGCUUGAAUUAUUCCUAUUGUCCAUAUUCGAAGUUUGCAGUAGGAGCUUGUGUACUAUGCGAUGAUGGAAAAACAUUUGUAUACGGAGCCAAUGUUGAAAACGCGUCUUACGGCGCUGGUGUUUGUGCCGAAAGAGUAGCAAUAACGAAAGCGGUGAGUAUGGGAAAAAAAAGUUUUAUGGCGUUGGGUGUUAUGAGUGAUAAAGGAAGAGUUACCCCAUGUGGUAUUUGUCGCCAAGCAAUUCGGGAAUUUUCCAAAGAUAUCGAUAUCUAUCUCUUUCAUCCUGAUGGUACUUUUCAGACGAAAACGAUUGCAGAGCUGUUGCCGGAUUCUUUUGGUCCUGAAGAUUUGGAAUAAAAGCUAGCAAAAAGCUGGAGCCCGUUGUCUAAAUGUCAAUGGGAAGGAAUCAAGUUGAAGGCUGUUGAAUGAGCAUGCAAGUGACAGUAGUAUCGUCGACUUUUCUACAAAAAAAAAAGGUGUUAGAAAUUUAAAUCUAUUAUAAAUAACCUUACCCGCCACGAAAUUUAAGCCCAUAGUUCCUUGCUGCUUUAGCAAACGGAGAAAUCCAUUUUGUAUUCUUGGAGUUCGUGACAGCAGUGUCGCAAAUAGAAUCCGCCAACCGUUUCGUAAAAUCUCCGUCUAUAGAAGUUUCUGAAAGGGCACGGUUGGCGAUCUCUAAAACGGAUCGCGAGUCCAAAUUGUCAAACACUCCAUCGGUAGCUAGAAUGACCAAGUCCCCAUUAUGAAGCUGAUGCUUGGUUAGAUCACUCAUAUAAGGAGUAAUUUCAUUUUUGGACACAUAAGGAGAUGGAUAAAUAGCUAGUUGAUAGGGCAUAUUGAACUGAAGAACCUGAGGAGGAGAUUCAUAGAACACGGCUCCUUUACGAAGGAUCAAAAAACCAGAAUCACCUAGACUAUUUAUGCUUUGUUAGUAUAGGAAAGAAUAAGAAUAAAGUACUUACUUUAAGGAAUGAAGUUUGCCUGAUUGCUUCUCGAAAAUUGUUGUGCAUACAGUAGAAGAGCCGGCUUUUACGCUAUUGCUUUUCUUCAAGGAAGAAAACGCAUUCGUCAACAAGGAAAGAGGAUCAGGGAAUUUGUCGUUAUCAAAAUGCUUGAAUUCCUUUUCGAGUUCUCGGACCAGUCCCCAAGAGAACUUGGAUGGGUCGAUACCAAUACUUGUCCAGCCGCCAACUCCGUCCAAAACGGCAUUGAAAGCAUAUUUUGCAUCUUUUAAACUAGUAAAGGAGUCUUCUCCCGCGUCAGGAUGAUCUAGGGGUUCAGAGUUUUCAAACACGGACGGCUUUUUGUGAAAACUUGUUGCUGAGCUAAUCGUGUAGAUAUAGUUCUUUUUCAUCCAUUGUAGGGAUCUAGUACAAUCCCUACGAAACAGUUGUUGCAUAGAACUCGUUAAAAUCAUUCUACUGUUUAUGAAUUUUCCACUUUUAGGUUGGCUUGCGUUUGAGGAUAGAGGGAUGACGGGUAAAUGCCAUACAAAGCUGUUUUCCUAUUUCUAAUUUAAUUUAAUAUGAAUAAAAGAAACCAAUCUAUUUUUUUCGAUGAAUUAGACAUAUUAUUGUAUACAAACAUCGUUCCAAGUCUAUA